AUGAGUGACUCGGAACAGCGGCAACUGCACGUGCCUUAUAGAGAGUACCAAAGUCAGAAUAAUUUUAACCAUCAAAAUCAAGGAGCUGGAUUCGGAGAUUCCGAGGCGCUAGUAGACUUGUCGAUCACACCGCCCUCUUCCUCCUUGCUGACCUUGGAACCAGUUCCUGUUCCAGUUCCUCCGCUGUUGCUGCUGACUCCUGGCGCUGGUUCGGAGGACGCGGCUAAUUUUUUUCCACCCAGUAAUAAUAAUAAUAAUAAUAAUAAUAAUAAUAAUAAUAAUAGUAAUAGUAAUAGUAAUAGUAAUAUUGAAGACCUUCCGGACGUGGAGUUUGCACCUAAUUCAAGCAACGAUAUUCACGCAAACAUUGAUUCCCCGGGGAUUGACCGGGAGAAUGAUCCACAAUUUUCGGAGCUUGUCUGGCAAGCAGAAUGCGCGAUAGAUAAUGGUAUUUAUCCGGAAAGAAUUUAUCAAGGGUCUAGUGGUAGUUAUUUUGUCAAAAAUCAAGCUGGGAAAAUAAUUGGAGUAUUUAAGCCAAAAGACGAGGAGCCUUACGGUCGCCUGAACCCAAAAUGGACAAAAUGGAUGCACAAAUUGUGCUGUCCCUGCUGCUUCGGGCGAAGCUGCUUGAUUCCUAACCAAGGUUACCUCAGCGAAGCCGGAGCGAGUUUGGUCGACCGAAAGCUGGGCCUCGGGGUGGUCCCCAACACGCGGGUGAUAAAGCUGGUCAGCCGGACGUUCAACUACCCGCGAAUCGACAGACAAAAGACCAGGAUGAAGCAGGCGAUCAUGGACCAAUUCCCAGCCGUCGGUUCCCAGUUCAAGAGGAUCGGACUGCCUCCUAAAAUCGGCUCCUUUCAGCUCUUUAUGGACGGCUACAAGGACGCGGAUUACUGGCUGAGGAGGUGGGAGAGCGACCCGCUGCCCACUAAACUCGCUCGUGACUUCCAGCUCCAGUUUGAGCGGCUGGUUAUCCUGGAUUAUAUUAUCAGGAACACUGAUCGCGGAAACGACAACUGGCUGAUAAAGUACGACCCGUCGGCCGCAAAGACGAUAGAGGGCGGAGAAGUCAAAAUAGCUGCCAUUGACAACGGGCUGGCCUUCCCGUUUAAACACCCGGACUCCUGGAGAGCUUAUCCUUAUCAUUGGGCCUGGCUGAGUCAAGCUAAAUUGCCGUUCAGCGAUUUCACAAGGGAACUUGUUCUACCUCAGCUGUCGGAUCAGAAUUUUAUUCAGGAUCUCUGUGAUGAUUUGUAUCAUUUGUUUAAGCAGGACAAAGGCUUUGAUAGACACAACUUCGACCGGCAAAUGAGUGUGAUGAGAGGACAGAUACUUAAUUUACAGCAAGCAUUAAAAGACUCCAAAAGCCCGGUCCAGUUAGUUCAGAUGCCUGCUGUUAUAGUUGAAAAAGCCAAAGGAAAUGGAGGAGCACCAAGACUAUUUUCAUUCUCGGAUACAUUUACCCAGCGCUUCCAAAAUAAAAGCCCAUUUUUUUCGUGGUGUUGA